UUCCGGUGCAGUCGCAGGUAGUUCGGUUGCACUCGCAUCAGGCCCGUGGCGGUGAGUGUCGGUGCCACCGGUGCUUCCGGAGCCCAGUGUGUUUCCCGGCGGUGCGCAACAAUGCGGCGCUGGAGAUAAAACUCCACCAGCGAUGUCAGAAACCAAAGCCUUCGCGCAACUUUAACCGGAGAAGAUGUCAGAUGUCAGCAAGACCGUCCAGAAAUGGCACGCGAGUUUUAGAAAGGGCACGGACUUUGAUUCGUGGGGGCAGCUGGUGGAAGCUAUCGAUGAAUAUCAAAUACUCGCAAGGCAACUUCAGAAAGAAGUGCAGUCAUCAAACUUGCAUGAUUUCACAGAGGAACAGAAGAAAACCCUGGGGAAGUUUGCAACAUGCCUUGAAAUGCGAAGUGCAGCCUUACAGUGCACACAAUCUCAAGAGGAGUUCAAGCUGGAAGAUCUGAAAAAACUGGAACCCAUUAUAAAGAAUAUUCUGACUUACAACAAAGAUUUCCCUUUUGAUGUCCAACCAGUGCCUUUGAGGAAGAUUCUUGCACCGGGUGAGGAGGAAAACCUGGAUUUUGAGGAGGAGCUGGACGCUGGGACUGGAGCAGGUUCAACACCAUCAUUCCCUUCAAGGGAGCCAGGUACUCUGUUGCCACGGUUACCCUCGGAGCCGGGAAUGACUUUGCUCACGCUGGCGAUAGAGAAGAUCGGUCUGAAAGACGCAGGACAGUGUAUCGACCCGUACAUCACAGUCAGUGUUAAAGAUCUCAACGGUAUAGACUUGAAUCCAGUUCAGGAGACUCCAGUGGCCACGCGGAAAGAGGACACGUAUAUUCAUUUUAGCGUGGAAGUGGAAAUCCAGAAGCAUCUAGAAAAACUACCGAAAGGCACCGCUAUUUUCUUUGAAUUCAAACACUACAAACCCAAGAAAAGGUUCACCAGCACGAAGUGUUUUGCCUUCAUGGAAAUGGAUGAAAUCAAACCAGGUCCCAUUGUUAUAGAAUUGUACAAGAAACCAACUGACUUCAAGAGGAAAAAGCUCAACCUCCUGACGAAGAAACCACUUUACCUCCACCUAAACCAGAUUUUGCACAAAGACUAAAUAAAGAUCAUACAGCCAAACACAUGAAGGACAGGAGAGGGAUACACUCAGUGUGUCGACUCACACUCCUUGCAAUAUCGGACUCUUUUCUUCAUAUCUUCAGUGAUGUCUCCACCGCUCUUCAUCUGAAAGAGAGACGAGUAUUAAAAAAAACUGAAUGGUGUAGGCUACAAAGAAAUGUUCUGUAUUUGAUUUCUGAUGAACACAGAGAACACUUCCCAUUGGUUUUUUUUUUUUGGUUUUUUUUGUUUUUUACAUUUUUAUUUAAUUAAAGAAACUGCUCCCCAUCAUGUUCCAAACCUGUAUGCUGUUAUUAUUUUGAGAGAUGAUUUUUCACAUUUCAGUGACAGUUAAUAGUCUACAAAAACAUAAAAAUAGCCCAUUGACUAAUUCACUAGGUUUCUGUUUAGUUCUUAAAACAUCGAAUCUGUUGAGAUUUUCAAUUACUUGAUUUGUAUGUGUGCAUGUGCUCAUUCUGUGGGUGGAAAUUCAGCAUAGAAGUUUGGAACUAUUUGAGGGAGAGUGAAUAAAGACUGAACAUUACAUUUUUGGUGAGCUUUAAAUGUUUAACAGGCAGGCUUGUUGGUUUUAUGGAGUGCAGCAUAGCUAUAUACACAUGGAGUAGGCCUACAUACAAACCCUGAAGAAACAACACCGACAAACAAACUCAAAUAUAUAAAUUUGUUGGUUUUUGAGAUAUAUUCAGGUUUUCUCAACUGGUUUAACAGUUAGCUAACGUUUAACUAAUUACUUCUCGCUAAUAUACGUUUAGCAUUAGCAUACUUGUUUGAAAUGUGGCCUUUGGCGUUUUAAUAUGGAAGAUCUAUCACAAUAAUGUAUAUUUAAGAAGUUUAUUUGAGAAUUAAUCAGAAAGCCAGUAAAUAUAUGGAAUUUGACCGUAAGAAGGGAGAAAAAUUAAGUAUUAGCAUGUCGGUUUUGUAAUUAGCUCCGCACUUUGCUUUGGUUAGUUUGAGAAAAUUGCGGUUUUAAUUUGUAAUUUUCGUCCGUCUUAAACUGUUUUUACCAAGUUUAACUACAACUAAAUGAUUUCUGUGGAAGAUUGACUUCGGGACAGUUUCUGACAGGAUCUUUACACAUAAAAAAAAUUGUAUUAAGGAAAUAAACUGAUGCUUUUCCCA